AUGGGGUCCGAUCCUGACGAGCCCAGUCUGGAUUUCAAUGCCACCUCCAACCAUGAGUCCCUCCGAUUUCUGGACUCCAUCGACAGCUCGGCGAGUUCUCCUGCUCGUGAAGACCCGGACCCUACAGAAGGUGCUAUCCUGCCGCGCGAUCAACAGCAGAAGACCGCGACUUACGACUAUGCCUACGAGAAGUCUAUGAGUCACGCCGAAGCCAAGCUCUUCUACCAGCACCACCAGCUGGCCACGAAGAGCGGCGAUAAUACCCUACCGUCCAGUCCGGCGACCACUGCGCGUUCGGCCACUGAUCACGAGGAGAGAGCGAUGAAUGCGGACCUGAGUCCCCAUCAGCAGAACCUGACAGCCCGCAAGAGUUCCAUGGCGAUGGAACCUGAAUGGAAUUUAGGGCCGUCUUCUUAUCAUGGAGCCGAUGGGAUACACCAGGUCCAGGAUAGCCACGGUCAUCUGGCUGAUCACACCGCGAGGGCUCAUGCUAUCUCCUUGGGAGCUCAUCAAGCUGCUCAGGCGAACCAGGGACCGUACAUGUCGGCAAAUGAAAGUCUACAAAACACCGGCCUAGGCAUUAGCAUGUCACAAGGGGCAGGAGUUGCGCCGGGUGGAGAUGCUGUGACAUCCGAGUUGAGGGCCAUCUAUCGCAAGAUUAAGGGUCUCCUGGAUAGCCGAUCAAAGUACAUGGCGCUGUCACUUCAACGACCGGGAGAUGAUCCGCGCGAUCAUCCUGAUUGGGAUCCCGGCAACGUUGGAGGUCCGUCCGAUGUAGUGCCGGAGAAGAAGCGAAAGAUGGGUGAGGAUAUAGGCGAAGAUUUCGAUAUGGCCGAGGUGAAAAUUCCCGGCGAAUCCUCCUAUGUAUACAGAUUCGAUCGAAACAGUGUCUACCAGGUGUACGAAUCGGAGGCUGCCGCGGACCGGAACGAGCCACUGGUUGAUAUCCCUUCACUGCGUGACUUUUACAUGGACUUGGACGCCGUGGUUGAUGUUUCCACCGAUGGUCCGACCAAGAGCUUUGCGUUCAAGCGCCUAUCCUACCUGGAGGGCAAGUUCCAGCUGUACACGCUAUUGAAUGAAUAUCAGGAAAUCGCCGACAGCAAGAAAGUCCCGCAUCGCGAUUUCUACAACGUGCGUAAAGUGGAUACUCACGUUCACCACUCAGCAUGCAUGAAUCAGAAACAUCUGCUUCGCUUCAUCAAGAGCAAGAUGAGAAAGUCUCCCGACGAGGUGGUCCUCUUCCGUGAUGGAAAGCAUCUCACUUUGAGGGAGGUCUUUGAGAGUAUCAACCUCACUGCCUACGAUCUUAGCAUUGAUACCCUGGAUAUGCACGCCCACACGGACUCUUUCCAUCGGUUUGAUAAAUUCAACUUGAAGUACAACCCGGUCGGAGAGUCUCGACUCCGUGAGAUCUUCCUGAAGACGGAUAACUACAUCAAGGGCCGUUAUCUCGCCGAAAUCACCAAGGAAGUCAUCUCCGAUCUGGAAUCCAGCAAGUACCAAAUGGUUGAGUGGCGAAUCUCGAUUUACGGCCGUUCCAUGCAGGAAUGGGACAAAUUAGCCGCUUGGGUGGUGGACAACAAGUUGUUCUCACCCAAUGUCCGCUGGCUGAUCCAAGUGCCGCGUCUGUAUGAUGUGUAUAAAUCGAGUGGAAUGAUGGAGAACUUCGAACAGGUCAUCACGAACGUCUUCCAGCCUUUGUUCGAAGUCACUAGAGACCCGUCAAGCCACCCUAAACUUCACAUCUUCCUUCAGCGUGUUGUCGGAUUUGACAGUGUCGACGACGAGAGCAAGGCCGAGCGUCGACUCUACCGCAAGUAUCCAAUCCCGCGAGAAUGGAACACCAAGCAGAACCCGCCUUAUAGUUACUGGCUCUACUUCAUGUUUGCCAACAUCGCCUCUCUCAACCAGUGGCGUCAACGUCGGGGCUUCAAUACCUUUGUCCUGCGGCCACACUGCGGUGAAGCGGGAGACCCGGACCAUCUGGCUGUCGGAUUCCUCUGCUGCCACAGCAUCAGUCACGGCAUCUUGCUGCGCAAGGUUCCUCUUCUUCAGUACCUUUACUAUCUGAAUCAGAUUGGUAUUGCCAUGUCACCACUCAGCAACAACGCUCUAUUCCUCACUUAUGACAAAAACCCUUGUGCUAGCUUCUUCAAGCGUGGUCUGAACGUCUCCCUGUCCACCGACGAUCCUCUGCAGUUCGCUUUCACAAAGGAACCUCUCAUUGAGGAGUACUCCGUGGCCGCCCAAAUUUACAAAUUCAGUGCCGUCGACAUGUGCGAAUUGGCCAAGCACUCCGUCGACCAAAGUGGAUUUGAGCUAUCUUUAAAGCAGAGAUGGCUAGGCUCGAACUGCAGCGCCCGCGGCGUGGCUGGCAACAAUGUUGCGAAAAGCAAUGUGCCCGACAUCCGCGAAGCCUUCAGGCACGAGACUCUCCAGGCGGAAUUGUCACUAAUUGAACGAUAUUCCGAAGUCGCUGGCGACGAACGAAACAAGCAAGCCUCAGACCCCGUCUCGCAGUCCGGAUCCACCGAGACAGGUCAGCCUUUGGCGGCUAAAUCCAACGGCCUUCGUCCUGAUGCAGCAACUACACCCCGUAUGGCGCCUGUGCCGGAGCUUUCCUCGUCUCCAAGUGGUAGUGUCCUGGGAGCCGACGGAGUGCCACAGCAUAAGAUCUUCCCCGGAAUCGUACAUGAAACAAUUCGACGAGGAAGGAAACUCUCUCAGAUGUCUUUGGAUGACCAUCAAUAA